AUGCCGAAUUUUUUAUUUUUAACUGUAUUUGUUUGCAGGUUGAGUGAAUUGCUAAGUUAUGCAGAGUAUGACAAGCCAUGUUUGAUUUACUACUACUGUGAACUGUAUAAAAAGUUAAAGGCUUUGCUACAACUAUUUUCAACUUUGGAAAGUGUGAUUUUAUUAGAUUGCAUCUUUAAAAAAUCAUUAGACAGAUGUUUGACAGAAAAAAAUUGUAUCGCGAACACUGUGAUGAGAAAUAGUAACUUCACAAUGUUUCGAGAUUAUGAUUUAUUGUCGUCGUCGGACGUCAAUGUCAUGGAAACGACGACUAAAAGCAAAGGUCAAAGCAAUCUACGGUAUAACCAUUCACAUGGAACUUUACACAUACCAUUAGAUAGUAGACUAGGUGUACGGCAUAACAGUGUGCCGAACGGAAAGCUAUCGUUUGAAUUAAAAGAGAAUUUGGGAAAUGGUAAUGCUGCAUACGAUCGUAUGUGUAGUGUAGCAAGUACAAAUGCAGAAAAGAACAGCGUGUUAAAAUUUAAUACAGAGACUAAAAAUAAAUCGAAAUUUCGAUCUUGUAUACGUAAUAAAAAGUGUGCAUUUAGCACGCUUUUUCUGUUAGCACUAUGUUGCAUAGCUACUAUGACGUCACUGUAUGUGAUGGAAGUAAAAAGAACGACGCAAUUGCGACGUCUGAUAGGACAAAAAAUGCCAGAAAUUCAGCGUACGUGCUUUGCUCGUGCUACUCCAAUCAAAAUUUCAAACAUAACCAAAGAACCUGAAAUAGCUGCAGCAAUAUUUAAAAGUACUGUUGCAAUGAACCAGCUGGUAAAAACGAAAAAGUAUCAUGCAACUUCUAUCACGGUAUACUACAUGGAUGAACUGAUAUGGUCUUACAACAAUGGUUAUAUGAAUUUUAAGAAUAAAGAGUCCAAGUCACCAGAUAUCGACACGCCAUAUCCGGUAGCAAGCGUUAGCAAGAUGUUUACGGUGAUGAUGCUUCAAAACUUUGUGCAUGAAGGAAUCAUUGAAAGCCUUGAUGACACAAUACAUACCUACGAACCAAAUUUCUCUGUCCGCAACACCUUUAAUAACAACAAUAUAACUUUCAGACAGUUAUCUUCUAUGAUGUCUGGUCUUCCAAGGGAGGCUCCAUGCGUUCCUUAUAAAAAACAACCUCAUAUGAAUAUGUGUCCACAUUCUACAUCAAAAAUGUUGGAAAGAAUUAAAAAUGUGUCUUUGAUACAACCCCCUGGGAAGCGUCCUUCCUACAGUAAUAUGGGAAUUGCCCUUCUUGGUCGAAUUCUUGAAAGAAGAACAAAUCAAACUUUGGAAGAAUGGAUAGAAAAGAACAUUCUGAGGCCUCUUGGCAUGGAAAACACUGGCUUUGAUAUAAUGAACAGGAAAAAACAGUUUCCAAAAAGCACAGAAAAUGCAAAUGAUGACGCUCAACUGGUAGACUGGGGCUGGCUAAAUCCUAGUGGUGGAAUGUAUUCCAGCGCACAUGAUUUGGGUAAGCUUGGCAGUCUGUUCCUGCACAACAGCAAGUCUUCGAUAUUUCCCGAAUACUUGCUUGAUGAAAUGUUAAAACCAGUUUACAUAUGGCCUGACGCAUCGGGGCAAGCUUACCCAUUUGAGAUUCGAUCAAAUCAUCCAGAUAAUACAAAACAGAUUGGAUACAUGACGUAUACAAAGGACGGAUCAAUAUUCGGAUACGGAGCUCUUUUCAGUUUAACGCCAGAAUUAAACCUUAAUAUAAAUACGUUUGUAGCUGAUGAAACUGGAAGUGCUUUAAACGCAUGGAGCAAUACCCAAAGUCAUUUUCUCAACGGCUUAGAUGCUUUGCUGAAAAGAAAAAGACCAAAGUACAUCUUGCCGUCAAAUGCAAAUCGAUUUGUUGGAUCUUACAAAAAAGUUGGCUAUUGGCCAUUAAUCAGUAAACCAGUAAAUAUAACAUUGAAAGACAAAAUUUUGUAUUUGCAUAUGGAAUGGCUGACGGUGCCUCUUAUACAAACAGACAAAUAUAUACUGCAAAGUGAUGCAUUUGAUAAAUUUCAAGGACCAUGUAUUUUCACAGCAUCUGGUUUGCUAAAGGAAAAAUAUUAUUUUUCUCCACCGUCAAGAGAAGAUGGAAAGUGUCCUAGUUUCCACAUAAAUGGUGUAUCAUCGUUCGGUUACCUACAGUUUGUUAGAAUAAAAACUAGAUAGGUCGUUUGUUUUAAUGGAAUUUAAUACUGCAGCCUGACCAACGAACGAAGCUUUACAGUGCAGUGGAAACAUUAUUCAAAGAUAGCCAAGCAAACACUAAACAUAAUCUCUUUGAAAAGCUGAUGGCUGUCAGAAGAACUUGGUCCUACAAAGAGCUGUAAAUAUUUAUAGUUAAAAAUCUUUUAAAUGUAUGAAACGUGAAUAUAAAGAAAAUAGCUGAAA